AUGGUCGACGAGGUCACCGCCCUGUCGACCCGUGCUGGGCGCCUCGAAGCAGCCGCUUCGCGGGAACCAGCUGCCUCCUUCGAGUUCACGCACAUGGACCUGCAAGCACGGACCUACGGCGAAGUUGCGAAGUCGGCGUUGGCCAUCCCCCCGGCCAAGGAGACGACUGCAUCGCAGCAAAACCGCGUUCGUGCUCAACUGAACGCCCUCACGGAGAUCCUCACGAAGAUCCACGAGGCCAAGGACGCUCUCAGCAACGAGCCCUCGAACAAGGGCCACUUCCAGGCCCGCAUCAAGCAGUUGGAGACGGCCCUGGCGGCCAUCCCCGAGGACGACGCGGAGCUCGCCAACGAGCGCGCGUCGUUGGCGACCUGGCUCACCGACACCAAGCGGCAGCUGCUCGGCUCCAAGCUGAUCGGUGCCCAGAUCGAUGGCGCACGUGCUGCUCUGGGACGUGCCCGCCAGCGCCAAGCGGAGGCCGAGCAGGCGGUGGCAGCUGCCUUGCAGCUCCAGCACACGGCCGCAUGCGAGGUCACUGCACUCGAGACGGAGCUCCAGGAGCGGGAGGCUUCUCUCACGACGGAGGCUCCCAUCGAGGCGACUGCGACGCAUGAGUCCCAGGCGUACACGAUCCUGGGCCAGAUGAUCGACCAGCUCACGGCCGACGAGUACGUCCACCCAGGCCACGUCGAGGACGCAGCUGCUGGCGCUCAUGUCAGCUGCGCCCUCCUGCUCGGCAAGGUCCAGCUUCUGGAGCAGGCGUUCCACGAUGAGCGCCUCGAUUUCGUCUUCAUCCAGGAGGGUCGCGCACGCGCCGCCGAAGUGCGCCGAGGCCUCCGCUACACCAUGCAUGUCGGCGCGUCGGACAACAUGGGCGGGCGCGGCUGCCAGGCGUGGGUCCGCGCAGCCGCCCAAUUCCGUGCCUCCUCCUACGCGGCGCCAUCCAGUCGCCUCUACUGGGCAAUGGGCCGGGAUGUGCAGGGCAUCCCAUUUAUUCUCGUCAGCGCCCAUGCGCCGAGUGACCGCGCCCCCACUGCCGAGCGGGGGGCCGUCUGGGAUCUCCUGCUCCAGACGCUGCUGACGCUUCGUGACCGCACCCCGUCUGCGAAGAUGUUCCCCGGCAUCGAUGCGAACGGCAGGGCGGGCGCCGAUCACUCCGGGGCAAUCGGCGCCUGCGAUUCGGAAGCAAUUGCGGCCAACGGCUCCGACCUGCUUUCGGUGCUCGCCCGCCUCCGCCUCGCCGCCGUCGACGCCUUCUAUGAUGUGGGCUAUGCGUGGCGCUCCGGCAAAGGCCCCGCGUCCCGCAUUGACUGCGUCUGCGGGCCUUUGGACGAGCUGUCCCGCGCGUCCGUCUCUUACGUCCCGCGUGAGAUGCAGCUUUCGCUCACAGCUAAGGCUUUCCGGUUCGACAAAUGGCGGCUUGGCGAUCCAGCCUGGGUCCAAGCGUUUCAGACCAUGCCGCGCCAGUUGCAGGCCCCCGUCGACGCAUCCGUCGACGAGAAGACCCAGGUGAUGAUGUCGCAGGUGCGCACCGCCGCCCGCCAUUCUUUCGGCAGGCCUGAGGACCGCCCUCGCCAGCCGUGGGUCUCCGACCACACGCGGUCGAUACUGCGCCUGCUGGCGCCCUCGCGCAGAGUCGCUCAUGCCGCCGGCCGGGAGGCGCACCGAGCAUACUUUCGCAGGAUCUUCCUUGGUGGCCGCAUGCAGAACGUUCGCGAGCGCAAGGGCCCCCUCGCCGACUGCGACGAGUCUCGCGGCAUCGCGCUGGAGGAUCGCGCCGCCAGAGGCCUCAAGCAGCUAGACAGCCACAUGGCCACUGGCCCUUGCCAGGGCAAUAUCCCCGAGGUGCAGCGCGGCGCUGACGCCGGCAGGGGGACUGAUUAUGCCGCUCACCUCGUGCACAGCUUCGAAGCGUACUGCAAUGCGACUGGGCGGUCGUCGUUUGUAUGGCUAGUUGACCUCGCGAAGGCGUUCGACCGCAUCGUGAGGGAGGUGGUGCUUGGAUGGCCCUGCGAUGCAACUGACCCUGAGGCUUGCCUCGCACCCCUGGGCCUCGACCCAGACCAAUCCGCAUGGAUAGUGCAGUGGGUGGCGCGGCAUGGCUGCCUCUUCGUCCAGUGGGGCGUUCGCGCCAAAGUCAUCCGCCCGCUCAAAAACCUCCACGCGGCCGCAUGGUUUUCUUACGGUGACGUUGACGCCGCCAUCGUCGCACGCGCUGGCGGCCGCCAGGGGUGCAAGUACGGCGCCGUGGUUUUCAACGGCACGUUCUCGUUGGCAAUGGCGUUCGUCCGAGUCCCCGGCUUUCUGGAUGCUGAUCCCGCUGGGCCGAAUGCCGACCCAGAGGUCGUCUCUCUCGUGGGCGCCGCGUUCGUCGACGACGAGUACGUCAUGCUCAUGGCGCGUCUGCCCAAGGAGCUGCGCGCUGCCAUCGACGUCGCGCUGCGCGCGGUGUGCGACAUAUACGACCGCCCGAGUCUCGCCAUCAAUCGGCAGCGGGCAAGUCCGAGUGCCUCCUCACGCACCGAGGCCACGGGGCCACCGCCCGGCUACAGCGGCGCCGAGUGCUUCCCGACGGAGGUCUUGCAGUCGCUGCACCCCGACCUGGGGUACUACUGCUGGUGGCGAUGUCUGCAGAUGCUCAACGGCGUCAACAUGCGGGUGCUCCGACGAGUCGGCGACGCCCCGCGGUUCGGCCACUCCGAAACGGACCUCGAGAUACGCAAGCGGCUCAGACAGCCCAGCUUGGACUGCCUGGCGAUGCGCACUCGCCUCCGCUACUUAGGGCGCCUGGUGCGUAGUUCACCGCCCGCGCUGCUGGCCCUGCUCGCCGCGCGGCCUGGCGGGGCGCGCCUGCCCUGGGUCACUCUGCUCGUCUCCGACUUGGGCAAGCUCCGCGAGCUCGUUGCCCCGUGCAGAACGCUGCCGCCGCCGGAGGGUACCGCGAGCGCUUGGGCGACGUUCAUCAGCGACUCCCCAGCGCGCUGGGCAAAUUCCGUGAGCAUGUUGUUUUUCACCGACUCUUGCUGCGACCGUGGCGGCGCCGCUCCGGUCGGAGGUGGCGCCCGCCCAUUUGCUUGCCACCAGUGCGACGCGUGCUUCGCGACGGCGAAGGCGCGUGACCAGCGUCUUCGAAUUCGACAUCAUGUCUGGUGCUUACAGAGAAGCUACGCCGGCGCUGAUGCGACCUGCCCGGUGUGCCACACCGCGUUCGGUUCGCGCCUUCGGUUGCUGUCGCACCUUUGCGACUCCCGCCGGCCAGCGCGCUGGGAUGCCAUUCGUGCUUCCCCAGCCCGCUACCCCCCGCUACCUCAGAAGCAGGUGGCUGAGCUCGACGACCUUGACAAGGAGAUGGGCUACGCCAGGCUGAUUGUUGAUUGCGCACGGGCAGUGGCCGAAUGCGCGAAGAUGCGAGGCGGCCCCGCGACUGGCGCCCACCCCGCAUUGGCCCGCUCUGGCACCGCCAAUUGGAGCGAUCUCAGAGCUGACCGCGCUUCGAGAUGCCCGACGAGAUCGCCGAGCUCGUGCCAUUCCACGCCGACGGCCAACGUCGCGGUCCGCACGUUGGUCGAAGGACUGUUCUUUCACGGGCCUGGGCGCAGCUGGAGGCCGACCCAGAGCUUCAUCCUCGACGGGCUGCCGCGGCCCAGUGGCCACGGAUUGCCCCGUGUGGCUUCGGGGCUCUUCGCUGAAGGGCGCUGCUACGAGGCGGGCGCGACGCUGGCAACGUCGGCGCGCGCGGCGGCGGAGCUACCUCUGGCGGGCGAGGACCACGGCCUUGGGUCUCGACGGUGUGCGAAGGCACUCGGGGCUCCCCUGCCUGGCCCGCCCAAGACGAUGGACUGCGCCGAGCCACUCGCGCUGCCGGCGAUCUCGAUGCACUCGGCGGCGUCGACCACUGCGCGCUGCGCCGCGGACUACGUUGUGAAAAAGGGCUGCUGCAGAGAGGUCGCGCGGCGACGACUUCUCACGUGGCCGCUUGGGCCCGGGUCUGGGGGGGGGAUCUGGCCCGCGCUCGGCGCGUUCGGCGAGGUGGGCGACCUGGGGCUCGGGGUCCGGGAGGUCAGGGGCCGCGGCGCGUUCGAGGACGUAGACGACGGCAAGAUCGCGCCGCUGCGGAGGAGCGGCGACCGCGGGGCGGUCGCGCGCGCGAAGUUCGCGCGGCGACGGGCUGACCAGGCAGAGGAGGGCCACCCCCACGCCAAGCACGUGGUGGCCACGGUGCGGAGGGCGGCGUCAGAGGCGCCCGGCGGCGCCGGCUCUGCGGCGCGCCGGGGCCGCGGCGGCGGCGGCCCGAAGGCGUUCGAGGGCGACGAGCUGCAGGCCGAGGGGCGUCGCGGUCAGGAGGGCGACGCUGGCGCGGGCGCGCUGCCGGCAGGCCUUCGCGAGGGCGACGGGGGCCAGGCUGCCGAGGGGGCGGUCGAGCCCGCUGCCGCCUUGAGCGGCUCCGGCGCUCCGAGCCGAGAUGCGGGCAUUGCCGCGGCCCUUAGCGGGUCUGGCUCGAUGGAAGCUGAAUGCGACGGGGGCUGCCAGCGGCGCGCGUUCUACGGCCGCAGAGCGCGCUUGCACCGCGCGGCCGCUCUCUUAGGUGACAUGCGAGCCUGUGGCCGGCAGUCUUUCGAGCCGCCACGGCGCGUGGGCGGCUCCGACCGCCUCGUGCAGGAGGGCGACCCCGAGUUCGUCGGCGCCCGCGCCGGCGAGGAGGAGACUGGCGCGGCCGCGUGCGGCUGCAAGGCGUCGCACAGGCUGGCGGAGGCCCUGGCGGCGGCGCCGGGGGCCGCGGCGCCCCUCGGCGAAGGCCACAGGGCUUCCUUCGCGCUAGUAAAGAUUGAGUUUGCAUGGGCUCGCAUGAAGUCCCACGUCCUGUUCGGGGUUGGCCGAGGGCGCAGCGACUGCCGCGCCCGUCAUACUCUCAGACUCUCCGCGCGCAGGCCGUGGCGCCUGGUGGCGACGGAGUUUCCUGAGGAGUACGGUGGCUACUGCGACAUGCAAGGCCGGGCGCGAGUGGGCCGUCAGCCGCACCGCCGAGGAGGCCAGCGGGCGGCGCCCGCUGCUGCACGAGACCGCGAGCGCGUGGGGCCACGGCGAGGGAGGAGGCUCGGCGGGCAGUUGCGCCAGCUCGUCGAGCUCGGCGACCAGUCACCCCGGGGUAGCCCUGGCGAGGCACGCUGGAACGAGUAUAAAAUGUGGCGCCAGAGCUUCAACCGCUGGAGACAGCUCACCGAUGCUCCUGCCCACAAGCGCGCGGACCGCAUCCAGAUGGGGGAUCUACCAGAUGCGUUGAUCACCUCCAAGCAGGGCGCCGAGAAGAUCCUAGAGCGCCUUGACUUGUUGUCCGGCGAGAAGAUAUACGACGAGAAGCGGAAAGCAGACAGACUUACAGAGUACGCCGCUCGCCUCGACCUGGCUUUCGACAAGGUCGCCACGCUAGAAGACGACAACGUCUCCUCUCUAGACGCUGACGGCGAACAGCAGGCGUAUCUGGCGCUCGAGGGUCUCAACUUGUUCGACGAUGAGUUGCCGCAGGCCUUCGCGGCCGCGCAGGAGACGCUCGACAGCAGUGGAUACGCCGCCACGGGGGCGGCAGUUCCUCCGGGUCUGACCAGGGCGGAGACAGCCUCGGCCGCCUUGACGGGCGCCGCGAUCUUCCGGCUCCCCAGACUCGCGGACGAGUUCGGCCGGGCGAUGAUCAACCGCCGCAUCUGGCCGACCAACCUGAUCCGACGCAUGGGAGUCGUUCCAGUUCAAUACUACCAUUGCCGACGCAUGCCAAUCAACGUCGACUGCGGCAGCAAUGGGCAUAGACGCUGGUGGGUCUAUGGUUUGCGCGCCACGCGCGUUGCCCACCAAGAGAUCAAGCCAGACAAGGCCAACCCGAAGAAGGAGAUGACGUGCAUAUGCAAAAAGCAGCGCGCUGCCUGCCCCCUGCCGGGCCCCGACUGGCAAGCCUUAGUGGCGGCGCCAGCAUCCCCGCCAGUCGCCCCAAGGUCAAAGGGGUCAAAGGCGCCAGCAGAAACGCCGCCGCCAUGGCCGGCCGCCGCCGAUCCGAACGCGGCGCAGGACCGCUAUCGGAAGAUCGAGGCGGAGCAGCCAGACGUCGUCACGGAGGGCGUGGAGCUGCAGGCCAGGGAGGGGGCGGGCGCAGAAGCGCCGAGGGGCACCCUCAGCAGCCAAGAGGCCAGCCACGGAGUACAGGGGCGAGCCGAAGGAUUACCCUGA